GGCUUACUAUUCCUGCAUCAGACCAAGCCUGAACCUUUAGUGCAUCCUGAUCUGAAACCAGGAAACAUUUUGCUAGACCAGAACUACGUAAGUAAGAUUAGCGAUGUGGGAUUGGCAAGGCUUCUCCCAGCUGUAGCAGAAAAUGUAACACAAUGCCGCAUGACAUCAGCAGCUGGAACUUUCUGUUAUAUUGAUCCUGAGUAUCAGCAAACAGGAAUGCUUGGUGUCAAGUCGGAUGUUUAUUCUCUGGGGAUCAUUUUUCUUCAAUUAUUGACAGGCAGGCCUCCAAUAGGAUUGGCUCACCGUGGUCAAGAGUCUAUAGAGAAGGGCAGGUUUGCAGAAAUGCUAGACCCAUCUGUCACUGAUUGGCCUCUUGAACAAGCCUUGUGCCUUGCAAACAUAGCAGUCAAGUGUGCGGAACUCAGGCGAAAAGAUAGGCCAGACCUUGGGAAAGUAGUGCUUCCAGAGCUGGAUAAGUUGAGAGAGUUUGCCGAAGAAAAGAUGAUGAUACCCAUCUUUUUAGGAUGUAAUGCACCUUCCCCCAACCACAGUCAAUCUUCCGUGCCACAGGUCUCUUUAAAUUCUCUGAAAUCAUAAUAAUUUUUUGUGUUUAUUUAUGAUGCUACUAGGCUAGGCUUCCAAUUCCAUGAUUUUGUUGAGAUCAUUUUGCAGGAUGUGAUGAGCGAUCCGCGGCUUGUACAUUCGGGAAGCUCAUCAGCUCCAUCCACGCCCACAGAAGGAAAAUCUUAAACUCGUGCAGGGGGCAUCUGAACUAAAGCAAGUUUUUCCGGCUUAGAAAAAGUUUUUCCGAUGAAAUUAGUCAUCAUUGUGAAUAUGAUGAUGUACAGCAUACAAAAUGAAAACAUUGGGUUUUCGGAUGUGUGGGGUGAUAAACAUAGAUAGAGCGGGCAAGUGAUAAUUCGGAAUUUUUGUAUUAUGUAAAUAUCUUAGAGAAUAUAAAUCGUCCAACUUCAAUACUCUGACGACAAAUACGACAAUUUUGCUUCUGCCGUCAUAUGUACUGUUUUUCUUUCUUUCUUUUUUUUAAUGCAGCAUCAUCAGUUUUCAUUGCUAUGUAAUAACCAACGCCUGGGCUCCGUCAGGUAUGGUAUGCAAAUUGAAGUUACACAGCAUACAAGGAAUUGAAGAAUACAACGUUUUCGUUUUACCGCAGAGAAUGGUAGAAGUGUUCCUCUGGCACAUGCUGUAGUGCCUAUAGAAAAUAGGGCCACCAAACCGGAUCUGUCACUGUUCAAUUUAUACGACAGUUGGAGCCGUGUUAGAAUGCAAUAAAGCUUUUAUGUUGAAGGAGAAAGGGUAUGACAGAAUGAUGAUUCGCUGGAUUAAGAUUAACUGCUGCCUGCGGUGGUGUUAUGCGUGACCAUCGGGGAGCUUUUCUAGUUGCUUUUAUUUGCAUUCUGCAGGGUAGCUGCUCAAUUUUCGAGGCUAAACUUUAGAGAUAAAGGUUUCUCUUGGUUCAUUCUGUAAUCUUGUUAGCAAUCCAAUUUAUUCAGAAAGGCUGUCAUCAAUCUGAAACAAAAAAUUGUAGCUGCUGCUCUAGAUGAAAUUCGUUGGAUGCACGUUUACGGAGAAGCUAACUCUCUUGCAAUCCUAAGCUAGGCAUGGUCACUCGGUAAUGAAUGGUUUAAAGCAUUUCGAUGUUAUUCCCAAAUUUGCUUAUGAUAAGGAAAGAUAUGCAAUCUCUGUAAGAGGAACAAUGGGACAAGGCCAAGAGCAGAAGACCCGACCAGAACCCGGAGUUGAAAUUCAGGUUCUUUUUUGUCUAUCGCUUGUGGAGUACGUAUUGAAAAUUUGUAUUGCUUUUCCAUCUUUUUUUCAAAUGUAAUUACCUUAUAUCAUAAAGAUUGAAGUGUACGGAUGAAUCCUCUGGCUGCGGCGAAAUUAAUGCAGGAAAGAGGAGAGAUAUUUUUCUUCUACCGGCCUAAAGUUAGCAAGGAAGAAGCUCACAGUGUUGACGAUGUCCAGCGUCUCUACAUUAUCAUGCAGCCUGAAUCUGGUGAGAGGGCGGUAGAAGAGAAGCAAGAACUGGAUGAGGGGAACCAAGGUGCCAAGAAAGGGGGAUAUGGCAGCCAGGAAGUAAAUAUUGAAGAGCAAUCAUUAUUUCGGUUAAUGGUAAUGGGACGUAAAAGACUCCCUGAUCCGAGCGAGAAAACCCAACCUUAUUGGGGUUUUGUGGCGAUUGUUACAACAAAUGCAGACCGUGUGAAGACUGCCCUUAGAGGAGAGGAGUAUGAAAGUUCAAGUUCAACUUCAGCCAGAGGACACAGACAUACUAGUGGUGCUAGAGCUGUGGGAGAAGGCAUAUACCGCAUUAUAAGACACAAGGGGGAGGAAAGGAAAAGAAGGCACACUCAUUUGAUCUACAAGCUAGAAUUUCCAGCUGAAGGUGAAAAGAAGGAACCCCAGGAAUCACUAAACAUUGAGCGCGAGGGGUCAUUCAUAAUUCAAAUAAAGAACCCGGAAAAAGGAGGUGGCUGGGGUCUUCAAAACAAACGCAAGGCUGUCUUCCCUGCCCACCUGCAAGGUCUGCUGGGGCAUGUCAAGUUCGUCCCCGCCGAUCCUCCUGACUUUCUCAACUAUGAAGGGUGCGAAUUCUUGCUCAUAUCUGCCUCUGACCACAUUGAAGACGAGUUGGGUCUUGACCUUCUGACGGAAGGAGAACAAGAUCCAUCCUGCUCUGAUCUCCUCAACAUAUUUGGAGAUGCUGCAGCUGCAUCUACCACCGCUUUUCUCAAAGGAACUUGGACCUGAAAUGUUCCUAGUUCUGUUUAACUUAGACGCAUGUUUACUUAAUGUGUCAUUCCAAGUCGAGUUUAUAUCUCCAUUUAACUUUACACUUUUAUUAGUGCAAUUAAUGGUUAUCUGUCUUAAAGACUAAUAUGACUGAACGUAUAUUUUAAAGGUCAAUAUAAAUUUUUU